AUGAAUUGGUCACUUUUGCGUCUCCUCGUAGCAGCGGGGCUCGCCGCUGCUUUCGCUAUGCACGAUUCAUGCAAGAUCAUCGAGUCUAAGAUUCCAGGGCGUAUAUCAUACUCUGGCACAACAACCUACAAUUCGUCCCUCUCAUCCUACUAUAGCAGCCAGGAGCGCUCCUUGAGUUCCAGUCGUAUCUUCAGGCCUACCAAUACUUCUGAAGUAUCCCGGUUUAUCAAGUUGGUGACUUUAGAAGAAUAA